UUCUUACUUAGAUGAAGCCAACCACAUAACCCAGCCGUUAUUUUUCCUUCAUCAUAGAUGCUUGGCUGCUACAGGAGUUUCCUUGAUAAAGACAAGAUCAUCCUUGAAUUCACCUGUAGAGGAUGGAUCUGGAAGGACAGACUGGACAAGCAUGAAAGGAGGACUGCUUUAAAGUCAUGUCUGGCAGAUUGACGAUCCUCUUGCUUCUUUUGAAUUGCAGCCAUGGCGCCCUUGCUUUAUCAGGCUACUUCUGGCACAUAAGUGACCUGCAUCUGGAACCAGAAUACAAGCUUUCAAAUGAUCUGUACACCGUCUGCCCCUCCAGUGGUCCGAACCCAGCACUCAGCGCUGGUCCUUUUGGUGAUUACCAUUGUGACUCUCCUUGGGCCCUGAUUGAGUCCUCCAUUAAAGCUAUGAAACAAUUUUUUCCAACUCCAGACUUCAUCUUCUGGACUGGGGAUGACACCCCACAUGUGGCAGAUAGCCAGCUGGGAUCUGAAAAAGUUUUCACUAUCAUACAAAACCUGACCACCAUAAUCAAUAAAACUUUUCCAGCGGUUGCAGUGUACUCAACAUUGGGGAACCAUGAUUUCCAUCCCAAAAGCCAGUUACCCCCUGGAUACAAUGACUUUUAUGAAAGAAUUGCUUCGUUAUGGGGAUCUUGGCUGGGUAAUGCUCAAGAAAAAUUCAAGGAUGGUGCAUACUACAAAAUGACACUUUCGGGACAGAACAAAUUUCACAUCCUUGUGCUCAACACCAACCUGUAUUAUGAAAAGAAUAUGGAGAAUGAAAACUUGGAAGACCCUGGGAAUCAGUUCAAAUGGCUAGAAAAUGAGUUAAGUGCCGCAGUAAACUUAAAAGAUAAGGUUUAUAUCAUUGGACACGUUCCUCCCGGAAUGUUUGAGAAGAAGAGGGACACAUUUUGGUUCAGGCCCAAUUAUAACAAGAAGUACAUUGAGAUCAUUCAGAAGUAUCACAGCGCCAUUGCAGGGCAGUUCUUUGGGCAUCAGCACACUGAUUCCUUUAGGAUGUUCUACGACAACAAAGGAAACCCAAUAAGCACAAUGUUUCUUACACCUGCCAUCACUCCUUGGAAGACAACUCUGUCUGGUGUGGUAAACGGAGCAAAUAACCCUGGCAUCCGAUUGUUUGAAUAUGACAAGGACACCCUGCUUGUCAAGGAUAUGGUGACCUAUUACCUGAAUCUCACUUAUGCCAACCGUAAUUCUCCCCGAUGGGAGAAGGAGUACCGCCUGUCAGAAUCCUUUAACGUUCCCGAUGGCUCACCCGUCUCCAUGCAUGAAGUUUUACACAAGAUAUCCACCAAGGAAUUCUACCUGCAGAAGUACUAUCAGCUGAACUCGGUGAAUUACGACCUGUCAGAGUGCAACGCCCACUGUAGAGCUAAACACGUGUGUGCAAUCAAGGAGGUGGACUUUAGCCGCUAUAAAAAGUGCAUCCUGGAGAAUUCAUCCGUUCUGAUUUCCGUGAUGUCUGUUUUUUGGAUGCUACCACUUGUUGUAUUAGGGGAGAUGGUAUAACAACGGAAACGCUGGUUUUAAACUCACGCCUAUACCAUCGUUUUGUAGCGUAAUAAAUCAUGCAUUUCUUAUCUGUGA